AUCUUUAUGACCAAAAAUAACCCCCAAAUAAAUUUUUAAAAUUAAAUAUUCAGUAACGCUCAUUAAUGCAUCUUGAAAAGAGGCAUAAAUAAGAUGUUGGAGAUGCUGUGACAUGGAUUUUGCAGCCGAGGGAUGCUCUGUGCAGCCGCGCAGCCCCUUAAUCAAUUAAGCACGAAAAGGCCAAUUCAGGCUCUCUCCUGCCCGCUCCUCGGCGCCCCGGCUCUCGUGGUUCUGACUGAAGGUGACUGCGCCGGGGCUGGGAUCCCACCGCUUGGCUUCAGUUCUGGCAAGUGGGCCCGGCGCGGGGCGGGCUCCUGGCGGGGGGGGGGCGGGAGGGACCUUGGACGGCCAGGGCAGGGAAGGGGAAGAGGGGCGAGGGGCGGGUGCCGAGCUGCGAGCUGUGCCGGGCUGGGCGAAGCCCGCGCGGACACAUUUCUGUCCCAGCUAUGGUUUGGGAUAUGAAAUCGCCCAGGGAGCUGUGGAAUUCGAAGAAUCUGCGUUUCUCUCUGCCAUGUCCUGCAGAAGAGAGAAAAAGAGGGAGAUGAGAAUCUUCUGCUUCGCUCUGCUUUUGUAGCUUCCGCUCGUUCUCAGAUAUUUAACUUUCACCCACAUGGAUUUCUUUCUCCCAGAUUCUCUCAGACUCACGUCUCCCUCAUUUUCUCCAAAUCUUCUGGUGUUCUGUCAUAUUUAGACUUUUGCUGAACUAUUGAUCUCACCUGGUAUUACUUAAAGCCAUGCUUUUGCUGGAGCCCGAAGUAAUCGCAUAGAAAUCUGAGUAUUGUGUCUACUGGACUCCAAUAGAAUACACCUAGUUUUGAGGGUUUGUUUCCUUUUUCAUUUUAAUCUGUUUGGCUGUGUCUGUGGACUUGGUUGAGACCGGAUUGUGGUUUCCAGAUGUCGAUUAAUUUCGCCUAUGGCCAGCGUUGGGUCCUCAGCCUUCUGUGGAAGGAGCUACUGAGGUUAGCACUAUAAAAAUAAUUUUAAACCCCUAACAAGAUAAUUCUCUGGCAUUCUUUCCCUUAGUCCCAGCACACCUAUUGGGCUGGGCACAGUUAUCUGAUGGUCCCAGUGGUAUGCUAGGCUGGUUCUGGGGUGUGAGUGUCUCCUCCACAGUGGGAAUCAGGAGCCUCUUGGGCCAGCCAAGCCCUGCUGGGAGCCCAGAGCCUCUUGCUGCAAAGUCUCCAAGAGACGCCCCCAGAAGCCCCCCUGACCCACAGAAGUCAUGGGGAAGAGUAGUUCAGCCCCCAGAUUUUCAGGAGCAGGCAGGCAAGUCCUCAUGGAGCUGGGCGCUUCCUUUUUCUGCUGCUUCUGCCUCUCUUCUGCAUCUCUCCUCUGACGGUGAGUGAAGGUGUGUGGCUGGGUGGCUCCCAGCUGGAGAAUGGGGAAGACCCAGCAUUAGUAAUCCUCCCUGAGCCCUUCCUGGAGGAGACACCCCAGGUGUCUCCCUAAAUUCUUGGGGAGAAAGAGCUGAGGAAAAGGAGCACAGCAGCGGCAGGGCUGGGAGAGACAGCGACAGGGAAACCUGUCUUUACCCCCACUUCUCCUCUACUGUAAAUAAACCCCGAGCCAAAGGGCUCAUCCGUCUCCUUAAACAGCCAGUAAACUUUAUAUGACACAAUAUCUAAUAGUAAUUUAUUGGGGAGAUAUUGUAAAUUCCAACGGUUUUAGUUAAUAAAGGAGCUAAUUAAAGAGGGACGGGCUGGGCUCGGCCAGCUGUUGGUGAGAAGAUAAUACAUCUGGGGGGGUAGUGCAGGGUGCAGAAGCGUGUAUGUGCGGGUAUUUUUGGUGUGGCUUUUUCCCUCUUGCCCCGUGUCGGGCGAUUGCCUCGAUCUCUGCGUUAGGUUUUAUAUGAUUUUUUAAAAACCAGAAGCCAGAGAAUAAAUCUGCCCCCGCGGUUCGUUCCCUCCCCCCCCCAUUGGGGAAGGGGGAAGUUGGAGUUGGUGCGGGGUGGGGGGAUUCUCUGUCCCCACCCAUCCCCCUGGCGGCGGCGCCCACGUGAGCUGGACGGCCAAUGGGUGGCCGGUGCAGGUUUAACUAUGUUUAAUGUCAGAUAGCAAUAAAGUAGAAGCUGCCGGUCGGGCCCCGCGGAAAUGGGCGAGCAUAAUCUCCUGAAUCCCGGGUUUGUGGGGCCGCUGGUGAACAUCCACACGGGAGACACCUUCUACUUCCCCAACUUCCGUGCGUCCGGGGCGCAGCUGCCCGGGCUGCCUUCGCUGUCCUACCCGCGCCGCGACAACGUGUGCUCGCUGCCCUGGCCGUCAGCGGAGCCGUGCAAUGGCUAUCCGCAGCCCUAUCUCGGCAGCCCGGUGUCGCUCAACCCGCCCUUCGGCCGCACGUGCGAGCUGGCGCGCGUGGAGGACAGCAAGGGUUAUUACCGCGAGCCGUGCGCCGAGGGCGGCGGCGGGGGCCUGAAGCGUGAGGAGCGCGGGCGCGACCCCGGCCCAGGAGUCGGGCCCGGGGCAGCGCUGCUGCAGCUGGAGCCGUCGGGGCCGCCUGCUCUCGGUUUCAAGUACGACUACGCGGCAGGCGGCGAGGGUGGCGCGGGACCCCCGCACGACCCGCCCUCGUGCCAGUCGCUGGAAUCCGACUCCAGUUCGUCCCUGCUUAACGAGGGCAACAAGGGCGCCGGCGCGGGCGACCCCGGCAGCUUGGUAUCGCCUUUAAACCCCGGCGGCGGCCUCGCGGCCAGCGGCGCGCCCUGGUACCCGAUCCACAGCCGCUCACGGAAGAAGCGCAAACCCUAUUCGAAGUUGCAGCUGGCGGAGCUGGAGGGCGAGUUUCUGGUGAACGAGUUCAUCACAAGGCAGCGCCGGAGGGAACUCUCAGACCGCUUGAAUCUUAGUGACCAGCAGGUCAAGAUCUGGUUUCAGAACCGCAGAAUGAAAAAGAAAAGACUUCUGUUGAGGGAGCAAGCUCUCUCCUUCUUUUAGGGGGCAAGACACGGGCGCCAGCCCCAGACUGAGCCUGUCUCUGGCAGAGAGCAAAGAGGGGGCACUGCCUGGGACACAGUCCCCGCUUAGAACGCCAGGCGUCUCUGGCAGGUCCUCCUGGGAUGUCCUCUUGUCUGUUUUGUUCGUGGUUCCCUCCCACACACCCCCCAGCAGACCCUGCCAGGUCCCAGAGAGAAGGGAAGAACCCAGCCAGGGAGAGGAAGCCCACAGCUGCAGGCAGGGGGUAGGGGCAGGGAAGGCUGAGGCGCUGGGGAGGGGCUAGUUUGACAUGGGACCGGGGCGUUGGGCCUCCGUCUGAAGAUCUGGAGGAAAGGUGACUCAGGCGUCCCCUCCCACCACUUUCCUUCCGUGGUCUUAGGUCUGUCUGCCUGCAGGAGUAGGCGAGGGUGGGGACAGUGGGACUAAGGCUCUCAGAACUUGCAGUUAUUGGGGUUAGGAGAGGCUGCGAGGAGGGAGCAAGAGUGGAGGAUGGGCAGAGAGCAGGGAAGGGGUCAGGGUAGCUCUGGGAGGGCAGAAGGAAGUGGGGGGACCUAGGAGGAAGUGUGGUUUGGGAGAACAGAAUGAUCGGCAAUGUCCAGGUCCGCUGGGGUCUGGGUCCUCCAGGCCUGGACACAGAGCAGGCCCAGGCAUAAGCAUUUGGCAGACCCGGCUGUGGACAAGGUGAUGAUCAGGCUUUUGUCCCCUCUAGGGCAGGCCACCCGAACCGUCUCCUGGUCCCCAGCCCUCUCCCGAGCCCCCUGCGCCCAUUCGCUCACAGGUGUGCUGCCAUCCACUCUUCCUGCCGCUGAGGCGGCUGCGGACCGGAAGCCGCAAGCGGGGAAUUGAGAGCUGAGCGGACGCAGCCUCGGGUUCAGUAGCCACCCCAGGGACCCCCACCUGGCCCUCCGGGAAGCCCAGGAAGCUGUAAAAGGAGCUGCGAAGCGCGGCAUUGAUUGGCCGAGAGAGUUUCUGGCAGCCGCUGCAGAUUCUCGCUUCGCCGCUGGCGUUCACGGUCACGGCCGGCCGGAGGCUGGACCGGCGUAAUUUACGAGGCGGGAAGAGAAUCCGCCCCUAAAAGGGGCUACCGGCCGCGGAGGCCCCCGCUCAGCCCGGGUUUCCCAGGCUGGUGACAAUGAAGGAGGGGGCACUGCAGCCCCCCACCCAACUCCUUUCUCUCUUUUACCCACCCCUACUCCACCUGCUCCCCAACGGCGCCCUUUGUCUCAGGAUCCGCUGUCUCCGCCCCCAGGCCAGGGAGCCGCAGAUUAGGAGGACCAGAGCAGAGGGAAGGGCACAUCCCCAAAACCCACUGGAGGCCAGAAAGUGGCUUCUCCAGCCGAGGGCCUUUUAUUCAUAGCCCCCUUCAGGCCCCAGCCCCAGCCCAGUAGAUCCCAGGCUGGCUUCCGAAAGAGAAGCUGUGAAGGAGCCCCCCUGCCUUCUUGCACUCUGUUUUGAUUCCCCUUGGUGAGAGUCCCCCAACCUCCCACCUGCUGACCCACCCUUGCUAGGAUCAAGAGGGCGAGAAGCAGGGGAAUGAUGGGAGUUAAGCCCAGCCUGGACAGUGUGAAACUGGCCCGCCAGCUUGGAGUUCUUCCCACCUGGGGAAAGUCUCUCCUUCCACACCCUGGAAAGGCAAUCCACUCUCCCACCAGAUUCAAGUCCCUGUGAAAGACUGUGCAGAGGCAUGGGCAAACAUAUAGGCACAGCUGCCCAGUACAGCACUUGGCCCACACCACUCUCCUGACUGUACUUGCAAAGAGGCAGCCUCAUAUCCCCAAAUACAGCCCUGCAGAGUAGCCGUACAAUCACAUACCCUCAUCCCGCACUGGGCACCUGACACACUUCCCCACCCACAUUAACCUAUGUACACGUUUGCAGAAAUCACCACCGUUCCAGCUGUCUGCACACUCCCCUGUGGGCUGGCGCUGGGUAUGAGGCACUCCCCUCUUUGCCUGGUCACCCAUGUACCCCUUCAUACAGCCCCUCCUGUGACCUCUUGGUCUCUGGGGUGCUGGAUUUGAGUUUCACCACUCCAGCCUGACUCUCCCAGCUUAAUAAAGGAGACCAAAACACUCCAAACGGGGUGGGGGGACAAAGAUAUGCAAUAUUCUCUUCCUGUCGCUUUAAACUUGAUUUCUGUGAGCUUCUCUGUCAAUCUGUGUCCUGUUCUCUGUGUCUGUUGCUAGUACCUAGUGUGAUCCCUGUGGGUAGAUGCCCUCCUUUCCUCCCUCCCCGGUUCUCUGUAGUGUGCCCUCCUAUGCAAACGUCUGUCUCUAGCACGUUUUCCCUUUAUAUAGUCCUUGUACAGAGUUGCUUCAUCAUAUUAAUAUUAAUAAUAAUAAUUAAAACAUGAUGGUAUGAUGAUGUGAUUUUUUUGAGAGAAAAAUUUUAAACUGGCUCCAUACACACCGUCUCCUAUGCCCAGAAAGAAUGGGAUCCCCAACCUCCUAGCUGUUCCCCCACUUUACUUUUUCCAGCCCAGGUGAAUAAUAAAAAUAGUAAACGUAUAAUAAUAAAGGAAGAGCGGUUGCAGGGGCAACAAAAAUAUACAAGCAACCAAGAUCUGUUGAUGAGCUGCCAUCUCCAGUCCCAAGCAAUUACUAGCAGAGAGAAAAUUGGGGGAUGGUAGAUUAGCAGGGAGGAGAGGGAUAUCUGAGGAGUCGUGGGGUUGUAAAAAUAAUGUGGACAGCCCGGAGGAGGCUGAAACUACCUUCAGCACCACAAAAAGGAAGUCUGAGCUGCAAGAUCUCCAAGAAGUGAAGCCAGGGUAGGGGCAAGAGCUGGUUGGAGCUGGGAUGGUGAGAGUGCCAUGGGGUAGGGGCAGGGGUUGGUGGGUCCACACUUCACCCUGAUGGUUCUAACCCUGUGGCUUCACUCUGAAAGCACAUUUUGUGCACUGCAAGAUGACUGGAGAGUGUACUAAAGACCCCUUGAAGCUGGUGAAAUAGGCUCCGCCUCUGUCAGCUGCGGCCCCUCCAGGCCGUGACAGAGAGAGGCCCAGGUCCAGGCCAGAGUCUAGUCUCAGCUGAGCCCAGGAGUCCUCUGCACCUCCACCUCACUCCUUCCUUAUGGAUGGGAUGCCCUCCCUCUGCCUCCACCCGUGAGCCUCUGAUCCCUGAGUUUCCCUUUCUCACAGCCAGGCUCCAAUCACGAAGUCUCCUCCAAAUUCCCCCUCCACCCUCCUGGGCCUGCUCCAGAAUAACAAGAGCCCCCCUCUGAGCCCAGCCUCCCGAGCCACGCCUCCUGCCCUGAAAUCUUUCUUUCUCUUUCUCCCCUCCUUUCUUUACUCCUGCAACUAGGAAAAGUAGCAGAUUUAGACCAAAUCCCAUCCUCCCUUUGCCCCAAUCCCCUGCUGAGUGUGCAUCUGAAGGAUUCGGGCAGGAAGGAGAUCCCAAGCUUUAGGAGUACUCCUAUAAAGGGCCCACAGAGUUCGGGGUAGGCUGGGGACUGGAUAGCUUCUGGCAGCCUUGAGCUGGUGGUGUAGGGGAGGGACUGAGUGGCUACCCUUGAGUCUGAAUAAAGGUUGGGGGAGGUCUGAAUCCCAGUGAAUCCAGGCAAGAGACUACCCUCUUCUUAAGCCACAUCUAUACAGGAAGAGUUAACAGUGAAGGCAUUUCUGGCUAAAUAGGAAAGAGGGAAUUUAGAGAGGUCAGGAAUAACUGGCCUUUAAUUUAUUCCCUUGGUUUAUUCCCAGAGACACUGCAGAUCUGAGAGAGAAGGUUCCUUGUUGGGUUUUGUCUAUGCAGGCCCUGAGACUCAAUAACUGGGGAAGCUGUCAGAGAAGGAAAAACACUAUAACCUCCUCCCAACGGCUGAAUAACAAGUCCUUGGGUCUCCUGGCCAAAGAGAAGGUCAUGGCUGCAGCCACAACCCAAAUACCCAGGACCUGGCUGAGCUCUGGAUCUGGGCAAAGAUUGCAUCUAUUUUGCAAGUAUUUGUCUGGCUUAAGUCCUCAAACUACAAUUUACUCCACUGAUUUAAGACAAGGCACCCUGUGUCUCUAAUUGGGUCUUGAGGAACAAGAAAAGGAGAGAGUUAUCUGGAUAAUCCAGGUAGAAAAAUAAUUUCACUGUUGUGUAUGUGUAAGCUUAUGCCAUUCAAAUGAGUUGUGUAUUUGGCCCUGAUUAUCACCCAGUUCUACUCCAGUCUGAGCUGCGUACACGCAGCUAGGGUAUUUAAAGCCACUAUCGAGCGGGCGGGAGAUGGGCCCGGCAGCCCGGGCUCUGUGGAUGCUAAUGCAGCCGGAAACCCGGCGCGAUCGAUGGCUCAGACCCAGAGCGGUGCAGGGACCGCCGGCCCCGAUCUUCGAAAAAUCAAACCCCCGGGACCUUGGGUUCCGGACCGGCCGGAGCUCCCGCCCAUCCUCCCCGCCAUUACCAGGAAAGUAGGAGCGGUUUUUAGGCCCCCGACCCGUGGGGGAAACGCACCCCGGAGCCCCCAACCCUCUCUGCGCGGCAGGCACAGGGAGGCGCCGAAGGUCUCGGUGUAAUUUAGCGCGAGGUGGGCUGCAGGCCUGGGAUCCCGCAGCCGCGUAUAAGCCGAGCGUUAGGCUCGAGCGGCCGCCCUU